UCCCAAAACGGAUUGACUAUAUACACGUGGCCCAAUCCCAAAGCAGAUUUCAACUCCCUUCAACCAAUAACAAUCAACAUUUGGAUUCUCCUAUAUCCACCUUUGCACAUACUUGUACCACUCCCUUGCCCACUUCUUUCCUUCACAACUCUCACUUUUCUCCUCUUCUUCUUGUUCAUUCUCAGAACCCAGAUCAUCUAUCUAGCUCUGAGAAAUGGCAUCGAGGGCACUGAUGAGCUAUGGCGUAGCCGCCGUCUUCCCGCCCUUCCUGUCUUCCGGUACUGGUAAGUACUCCAAAUUUGGUGGUGGAACGCGGCCGAUGCGGCCGAAUGCAGGACGCAUUACCAUGAUGGCCGCUAACUGGAUGCCUGGCCAGCCACGACCACCUUACCUUGAUGGCUCUGCUCCCGGCGAUUUCGGAUUCGACCCGCUUGGUUUCGGUGAAGUACCGGAAAACCUCGAGAGAUACAAGGAGUCCGAGCUCAUUCACUGCCGAUGGGCUAUGCUCGCUGUACCAGGGAUACUUAUUCCAGAGGCACUGGGGCUGGGCAACUGGGUGAAAGCACAAGAGUGGGCAGCAAUCCCAGGCGGACAAGCCACCUACUUGGGCCAGCCAGUCCCUUGGGGCACCCUCCCCAUCGUCCUGGCCAUCGAAUUCCUCGCGAUUUCCUUUGUGGAGCACCAGCGCAGCAUGGAGAAGGACCCCGAGAAGAAAAAGUACCCGGGUGGAGCUUUCGAUCCACUCGGAUACUCCAAAGACCCCGUCAAGUUCGAGGAGUACAAGGUCAAAGAAGUAAAAAACGGACGGCUUGCCUUGUUGGCUUUCGUGGGAAUCUGCGUACAGCAAUCGGCUUAUCCAGGAACAGGACCGCUGGAGAACUUGGCGACUCACCUGGCCGAUCCCUGGCACAACAACAUCGGCGAUAUCAUUAUCCCCAGAGGGCUUUUGCCUUGAAAGUUGUAGCCAUUACCCACUGUAAAACUCCAUGUUACACUUUGUAAUGAAGCAAAAUUGCAGAACAUGUUUGAUCUCUGUAUGACUGUGCAAGUUCUUGUGUCCUAAUCUGUAAGCUUUCUGCUAGUGGUAUAUAUAGUAGUUUUCCUCCA